GCCGCUGGCUGCGGGGAAGAUGGCGGCGUCCUCGCUGGAGCAGAAGCUGUCGCGGCUGGAGGCGAAGCUGAAGCAGGAGAACCGCGAGGCGCGGCGCCGCAUCGACCUCAACCUCGACAUCAGCCCCGCCCGCGCCCGGCCCAUUAUCGUCAUCACCCUUAGCCCCGCUCCCGCUCCGUCCCAGCGAGCAGCCCUGCAGCUGCCCCUGGUCAGCGAUGGGGGGGGCCGGGCCGGGCCCCCCGAGGGCCCCCAGCACCCGCCGCCCCCCUCCCGGCCCCGGCACAUGCUGGGGCUGCCGCAGCCGCCCUUCCUGGUGCCGCGCAGCGUGGAGAGCAUCGAGAUCGACCAGAAGCUGCAGGAGAUCAUGAAGCAGACGGGGUACCUCACCGUGGGGGGGCAGCGCUACCAGGCGGAGAUCAACGACCUGGAGAACCUGGGGGAGAUCGGCAGCGGCACCUGCGGCCAGGUCUGGAAGAUGCGCUUCCGCAAGACCGGCCACGUCAUCGCCGUCAAGCAAAUGCGGCGCUCGGGGAACCGGGAGGAGAACAAGCGCAUCCUGAUGGACCUGGACGUGGUGCUCAAGAGCCACGACUGCCCCUACAUCGUGCAGUGCUUCGGCACCUUCAUCACCAACACCGACGUCUUCAUCGCCAUGGAGCUCAUGGGCACCUGCGCCGAGAAGCUGAAGAAGCGCAUCCAGGGCCCCAUCCCCGAGCGCAUCCUGGGCAAGAUGACGGUGGCGAUCGUGAAGGCCCUGUUCUACCUGAAGGAGAAGCACGGGGUGAUCCACCGCGACGUGAAACCCUCCAACAUCCUCCUGGACGAGCGGGGCCAGGUCAAACUCUGCGACUUCGGCAUCAGCGGCCGCCUCGUGGACUCCAAAGCCAAGACCCGCAGCGCCGGCUGCGCCGCGUACAUGGCCCCCGAGCGCAUCGACCCCCCCGACCCCACCAAACCCGACUACGACAUUCGCGCCGACGUCUGGAGCCUCGGCAUCUCCCUGGUGGAGCUGGCCACGGGGCAGUUCCCGUACCAGAACUGUAAGACGGAUUUCGAGGUGCUGACCAAGGUGCUGCAGGAGGACCCCCCGCUGCUGCCCCCCGCCAUGGGCUUCUCCGGCGACUUCCAGGCCUUCGUCAGGGACUGCCUCACCAAGGACCACAGGAAGAGACCAAAGUACAACAAGUUACUGGAGCACAGCUUCAUCAAGCGCUACGAGACGCUGGAGGUGGACGUGGCCUCGUGGUUCAAGGACGUCAUGGCCAGGACAGAGUCCCCCCGCACCGGCGGCGGCCUCGGCCAGCACCACCUCCCCUUCUUCACCAGGUAGCAGCGUGACACCCGUGACACCGUGUCUGUGCCACUGUGUCCCUGUCACCCGUGUCUGUGACACCCGUGACACCCGGCACCCGCCUCGGCGUGGGACACCCGUGGCAUGGCGUGUCACAGCGUGUCCCGGCGUGUCCCACCGCAUCCUGCUGCGUCCCAGCGUGUCUCCUGCGUGUCCCAGCACAUCCCAGUGUCUCCUGGUGUGUCCCACCUGAUGUCCCCACCCCUCUGAUGAUGCUGGGGCAGGGGGACACCCGUGUCCCCUCUGUGUACCCCCGACAUGGCCGGUGCCUCAGUUUCCCCAGGGCUGCCACUGUCCCUGUGGCAGGGUCCCUGUGUGGGGACAGGGAUGGGGCCAGGAUGUGGCCGUGGGUCCCGGGGAUGUGGCAUCAGGACAUGACACGAGGAUGGGGCACGCUGGGAUGUGACGUGCAGAUGUGACACGGGGACAUGGGACGUGGAUGGGGCACAUGGAUGUGACACGGGGACAUGGGACGUGGACAUGGCACAUGGAUGUGACACAGGGACAUGGGACGUGGAUGGGGCACAUGGAUGUGACACAGGGACAUGGGACGUGGACAUGGCACGUGGAUGUGACACGGGGACAGGGCUGGGGAUGUGGCGCAGGGAUGUGGCAGAAGGAGGUGACGGAGCAGAGGAAGAGGGAUGGGGACGUGGGGGGGAUGUGGCACGAAGGGCCAGCACGGGGACAGCACGGUGGCACAGGGACGUGGCACGGAGGGACAGGGAUGUGGCACGGAGGUGUGACGCUGGCGCGUGGCAUGGAGAUGGCCCGAGGACACGGCACAGGGACAUGGCACGGAGACCUGGGACAAGGGACAGCGUGGAGAGCCAGCGUGGGGAUGUGACACGGAGGGACAAUGUGGGGACAAGGCCGAGGAAUGGCACGGAGAUGGCACCAGGAUGUGGCACGGGGACAGCACGGGGAUGGCACCAGGAUGCGACACUGGGACAACGUGGGGAUGGCACCAGGAUGCGGCACGGGGACAGCACAGGGAUGUGACAUGGGGACAACGUGGAAAUGGCACCCGGAUGUGAUGGGAACACCACAGGGAUGGCACCAGGAUGCGACACGGGGACAGCACAGGGACGUGACAUGGGGACAACGUGGAAAUGGCACCCAGAUGUGAUGGGAACACCGCAGGGAUGGCACCAGGAUGUGACAUGGGGACAACGUGGGGAUGGCACCAGGAUGUGACAUGGGGACAACGUGGGGAUGGCAGCAGGAUGCGAUGGGAACACCGCAGGGAUGGCACCGGGAUGUGACAUGGGGACAACGUGGGGAUGGCAGCAGGAUGUGGUGGGGACAACGUGGGGAUGGCAGCAGGAUGCGAUGGGAACACCGCAGGGAUGGCACCAGGAUGUGACAUGGGGACAACGUGGGGAUGGCAGCAGGAUGCGAUGGGAACACCGCAGGGAUGGCACCAGGAUGUGACAUGGGGACAACGUGGGGAUGGCAGCAGGAUGCGAUGGGAACACCGCAGGGAUGGCACCAGGAUGUGACAUGGGGACAUGGCUCUGGAGGAUGACAUGGAGAGGUGGCCUGGGGCCGCGCUGUGGGGCCGUGGCGAUGGGACGUGCCGCGACAAUCAGGGCUGGGGCCGGGGCACGAGGCCACCGCCGCGUCCCCCCCGGUGCCCGCGGGUGGCACCUCCCCCUCCGCAGCGUCCCCCGUAAUUAUUAUUAUUAUUGUUAUUAUUAUUAAUAUUAUUAUUAUUAUAAAUGCGCAUGUGGAACCCGA